AUGAUCAGCGCCAAGAGGAUUGCUCAUCUGGCCAAGAAGUGGCAGAGGAUGGCUGCACAAGGGAGGAAGCGCCUCACCUUGGGGGCGGCAGCAAAGGAAGCCGACGAGUGCUGCAGCUCCGUGGCGAGCAAGGGCCACUGCACGGUGUACACGGCCGACGGGGCGCGGUUCAAGGUGCCGCUGGCGUGCCUUAGCACCACGGUCUUCGGGGAGCUUCUGCAAAUGUCACAGGAAGAGUUCGGCUUCACAGGCAGCGACGGCAGGAUCACGCUCCCCUGCGACGCGGCGGUCAUGGAGUACGCCAUGUGUUUGCUCAGGAGAGGCGCCUCUGCCGAGCUAGAGCAGGCUUUCCUUACCACCAUGGCGAUGUCGUGCCACUAUGUCAGCCGUGUGGCGCCGUGUGUAGAAGCCAGCCAGCAGAUUGCUGUUUAG